AUGACGUCCGUGCAGUAUGCUCUGAGAGCAAAGCGGCGCUCGCUUCAGUGGCAUCAGACUGCGAGUAUGUUUCGCGAUGAGGUUCUACUACUUCGUCACGGUGAGAGACUUGAUCACGUUAAUCGUAAUUGGAAGUCUAACGUUGGGGUUCCACUAUCGCACCUUCCUAAUACUGAUCCUCCACUUUCCACUGAUGGUCGAUGGCAGGCACUGGAAACGGGGCUCUUUUUUCGACAGCAAAGGCGCCAUGCGAAAAUUCGGCAGCGGGAACUAGGGAUGCUGUCCAUGCUUCUCACUUCGCCGUUUCAUCGGUGUCUCGAAACAGCGAUAAUCGUCAACAUUACAGGCUUUGAUGGGAAACUUGUGGUGUUUGUAGACCCUUUGCUUGGUGAUUGGCAGUCAUCGAGGUUGUAUUCCCAUGCACCUGGUUUGGGUGGUAGCUACGAUCUUUGUGGGGACAGCAUUCUGUUUUGUCCUCAUUGGGAAUCACUGCAUGCCUCGUUAAGUUCUUUUUUCCGCACCGCUGCUUGUAAGCGUAAGUUGGACGGGAUGAGGAACCUUGUCGAUGAAACGACCAUUGCGGGGUGGGUGGAAACUCUUGAUGGGCUUUACAACGGAAAUGCCUCGUUCCUUCUGUGGACUUCACCUUCUGUGCGCAGGUCCUUACACCAGGGGAUCUCUUGUGGGGAUGCCUCUAUUUCUUAUCCAUCAGACCGGAGAGGGGGUUAUGCUCCUUGUCGCAGCAUUACCAACAACGGGAUUGCUGUCAAAUACCCAGAGGGUCCAGGUUGUUUACUUCUACGGGCUGCCGAGGUGGUACGGACGCACUUCAGCAACGAUACCGAUACUCCCUCCUCUGUCCCUCGUUGCGUUUGGGAGGCGGCUCAAGGAGAGGCUAAGGGACUACCGCGUACCUUUAGAGAGAGGUCCUCACUGCUCACUCUCUCAAUGAGUGACUUCGGCCCGCAGCCGUUCAACAGCAUCGCGUUACUCCCACCUACUCGGACGAUGAUUGUAACACACGCUGACGUUGUAUCGGCGCUGUUGAAGCAAUGUUGUCCCAAGAGCUACGCCGCUGACCGGAAGUUCUCUGUACCAUGCUGUAGCAUCAGCUACAUAUCUCGUUCUAAUGAUUUUUACCGCGGCGAAAGGGGCACUAUUGGCACUAAAGAAGUGAAGGAGGAUGAACAGGCUCCCCCGGUAGACCGUAACCAAGAGUGGGAUAUAGGUGCUGUUGGCUCGUUCAGUCAUUUGCAGUCUGCUACCGUGUUACAAUACACCUAG